CCUGUGGCCCACCCCCCUCUCUCUGCUCUGGCUGCCGGCAGGCUCCUGUGAAAACAGCAGCGCAUUAAGAGACAGGCGAUCGGACCCCAAAGCCACCCCCCAAGACCAUACACACACAACUGUACCAAUACCUCCACCAUGGUUACUGCACGCUUUCUGCUUUCCAUUUUACUCUGGGCUUCAAGCUGCCAAGCUUUGGAAAAGUUCAUUGGUGCAAUCUAUGAACAUGCCGUCAUACUGCCAGAUGAGAUGCCAAAACCUGUCUCAACACAGGAAGCCCUGCAAUUAAUGAAUAAAAAUAUGGACAUUCUUGAAGAAGCAGUGAAGACAGCAGCAGGCCAGGGAGCUCAUUUGAUUGUUACACCAGAAGACGGUAUUUAUGGUUGGAGAUUUACAAGAGAAACAAUAAAUCCAUUCCUGGAAGAUAUUCCUAACCCCAAUGUUAACUGGAUACCAUGCUCUGACCCUGAAAGGUUUGGUCGAGCUCCAGUUCAGACAAGACUGAGUUGUAUGGCAAAAAAUAAUUCCAUUUAUGUAGUUGCCAAUAUUGGUGAUAGAAAAUUAUGUAACAUAUCUGAUGUUGGAUGCCCAGAUGAUGGCCAAUAUAACUAUAACACUGCUGUAGUGUAUGACUGUAAUGGAAAGUUAGUAGCACGUUAUCACAAGUAUAACCUGUUUCUUGGAGAGGUCCAGUUUAAUCAACCUAAAGAGCAGGAGAUUGUGACCUUUGACACCCCAUUUGGAAAAUUUGGAAUUUUUAUCUGCUUUGAUAUACUUUUUUACAAUCCAGCUGCUGCGUUGGUAGUAGAGCACAAUGUGGACACUGUUCUUUUCCCUACUGCAUGGAUGAACCUUCUACCUCAUCUAACUGCUAUAGAAUUCCAUUCGGCAUGGGCCAUGGGAAUGGGUGUAAAUUUGCUCUCUGCAAACACUCAUAAUACAGUGCAAAGGAUGACAGGCAGUGGAAUUUUUUCCCCAGAUAAAGUUGUGCCAUAUUAUUACAACAUGAAAAAUGAGUCAGGACACCUCCUGAUCUCAGAACUUAAUUCUCAUCCUCGGAAUUCUUCAACAUACUAUCCUAUCACAUGGAACCUCCAUGCCUCCCAGAUUAAAAACUCUCCUUCUGGUAGCAAUGUUUUUAAUGGGCUCCUUUUUGCUGAUAAUUAUACUUUUACUGAACUUAAGGAACUACAUGGAGAGUAUUCCAUUUGUCAAAAUGACCUUUGUUGCCACAUAAAUUAUACAAUUGCUGAGAAGCACAGUGAGGAGAUGUACGUAUUUGGUGUUUUCGAUGGUCUUCACAUAGUUGAAGGAGAAUACUAUCUACAGGUAUGCACAAUGCUAAAAUGUCAAAGUAUGGAUUUUAACUCAUGUGGAGAAUCUGUAGAGACAGCUUCAACCAGAUUCGACUCAUUUUCCAUAAGUGGGAAUUUUUCAACUUCAUUUGUAUUCCCAGAAGUUUUGCUGACUAAUAUUCAUUUGGCUCCUAAUAUGUUCCAGGUGUUAAAGGAUGGACGCCUUGUAAAUAAACCUGGAAUUUCUUCACAUCCACUUUUGAGUGCAACUCUGUUUGGAAGAUUGUAUCAAAAAGACCCAAAUUCAAAGUGAUGUAGAUACAAUAUUCAAUGUCAGAAGAAAUUUUCUGUGCCAUUUUGCAAAUGUCAAAAAAUAUCAAUAAUAUUUCAUGUGUGAAAAUGAUUCAUCCUAUCUUCUUGGCAAACUAAAAUUUAUGUAUACAGUAGUAAAGUAUUUUAGGUCACUUUUUAUUAUCAUAAAAUAAUAUAAGACAUAUCUUCCACAUUUAUGAUCAAUAAACUUUAUUGCACUGA